UGAAAGUACAAUACGGAUAUGGAUUAAGAGUGCGAAAAAUUAGAGAAACACCGUUCCCAUGAUGAAUUACGAUGGCCUGAACCCAGGCCUGGGCGAGUACACGCCCGGUCUGCACGGCAGCCUAGAGGCGGGCCUGGAGCCUUCUUUGGACCCACGGCUCGACCCGGCUUUGCUGCAAGGAGUCGAGCUGGACCCGGAUGGUAUAGCUGUGCCUGUGCCCGAAUCUGUGCACAUCCUGGAGGGUAUGUUCUCCGAGCUAAGCAGCGUUGCCGCGGAAGUCGGUAUUCCCGUGACAGCUACACAUUUCGACUUCCAGGAGGAGCUCCUGUGGAUGGGGAACCACCGGGGACAUGCAAGUUCGUUCUUUGGUCCUACAAUGGGCCGCUAUUCGUCGUUCCAGGUUCAUAUGACGGACGACAUCCGCCAUAUCCAGAGCGUGGACACGGGUGUGCUCUUUUUAACAAAGAACAACCUCAAGUGCCUCACACGCGGGGGCCUCAUAAUGUUUGACUACCCAAUGGAAGAGAGCACUGACAUGCACAGUCUGUUGUUGACUGACAACAACAUGUUGCUAAUGGGGGGUUUACAAAGCUAUGUGGUUGAGGUGGACCUCAACACCGUGCAGGAAACACAGAAGUUCACGGUGGAGGUUCCAGGGGUCGCCAUCAUGAGGCAGUCCAACCGCUUCUUCUUCUGUGGUCACACGUCUGGAAAGGUGUCGCUGCGUGAUCUGCGGACUUUCAAAAUGGAGCAUGAAUUUGAUGCCUUCUCUGGGAGUCUGUCAGACUUUGACGUCCACGGCAACCUACUGGCCGCGUGUGGCUUCUCCAGCCGCGGCCUGAAUGCCUUGACCUGCGACCGCUUUCUCAUGGUCUAUGACCUGCGUAUGAUGCGGGCAGUCACUCCUCUCCAGGUGCAUGUGGACCCGCUCUUCUUGAGAUUUAUCCCCACCUACACAUCGCGCCUGGCCAUCAUCUCACAGACCGGUCAGUGUCAGUUCUGUGAGCCCACAGGUCUGGCCAACUUGGCUGACGUCUUCCAUGUCAACACGGUGGGCCAGCUGCUCAUGAGCUUUGACGUCUCGUCCAGUAAACAGGCCUUGGCUUUUGGGGACUCCGGUGGCUGCGUCCACCUGUGGUCCAGCAGCCCUGAGGUCUCCUUCAACGGAUACUCCCGGGAGACAGAGCUAGCUCUGCCGUGUCUGGUGGACUCGUUGCCACAGCUGGACUGGAACCACGAACUGCUGCCUCUCUCCCUGCUCCCCAUGCCCCUUGCCAGCACUGAGCCCCUGCUAUCUGAUUGGCCCACCUCUCUGGCCACGCCCAGCCCAAGGCGAGCACCACCUGUGGAUCCAGAGAUCUUGCGUACUAUGAAGACUGUUGGAUUCAUUGGAUAUGCACCAAAUCCUCGCACACGCCCCCGAAAUCAGGUGCCCUAUAAGAUAAAGGAGACAGAGCUGGAGUAUGACAACUAUAACCAGGUCCCCGAAUCUCCAAUCGGGCGGGAAGAGGAACCCCAUCUCUAUAUGGUGCCAAAAAAAUACAGAAAGGUCACGAUUAAAUACUCCAAACUGGGGCUGGAGGACUUUGACUUUAAACACUAUAACAGAACUCUGUUUGCUGGGCUGGAGCCUCACAUUCCCAAUGCCUACUGUAACUGUAUGAUCCAGGUUCUGUAUUUCCUGGAGCCCAUUCGCUGCCUGGUCCAGAACCACCUGUGUCAGAAAGAGUUCUGUCUGGCUUGUGAGCUGGGCUUUCUCUUCCACAUGUUGGACCUGUCCCGCGGAGACCCCUGUCAGGCCAGUAAUUUCCUCCGGGCCUUUCGGACAAUUCCGGAGGCAUCUGCACUGGGCCUGAUCCUUGCUGACUCAGACGAACAGACAGGUAAGGCUCGGUUGGGCCGUCUAAUCCAGAGCUGGAACCGGUUCAUUCUCACACAGCUCCAUCAGGAGACCCAGGAGCAGGAGGGUCCACAGGCAUACAGAGGGAGCAGCACCAGUCCUCUAGGCUCGUCUGGCGAGUCUGUGAUUGGUAAACUGUUUGGCUGUGAGGUGGAGAAUAGUAGUUUGUGUCGCUGUGGGAAGGAGACAGUGCGCUCCUCUCUCACACUCCUCUUCACCAUGCACUACCAGGACCAGAACCCAAACGAGAAGACAAUAAAGGAAUAUGACUUUGCUGACAUCCUGAAGAAAAGCAUAUGUUUAGAGCAAAGCACACAGGCCUGGUGUGAAAACUGUGAGAAGUACCAGCCAACAGUACAGACCCGUAACAUCCGGUGCCUUCCGGACGUGCUGGUCAUUAACUGUGAGGUGAACAGUGUGAAGGAGAUGGAGUUCUGGAGAGCCCAGGCAGAGUAUGCGUUCAACAAAGCCCUGAAGAAAGAAGCAGAUGAGCCACCGAAGCCUAAAGAGCCACUGCCCACAGAGUGGUGCUUAGAGGACGAGUUGUGCAGCGUGGAGGGCCUGACCUUUGACACGCGAGCGGAGGACCUGCGCCACGUGUGGAUCCCCCUCAGUCUGAAAAUGGGCAUCAGUAAGAGCCAAGGACUGGAAAUCAGUAACUGGCCUGAGGGAGAAGAGCUGAGCGCAGAGGAAGAGGCUGAAGGUGUGGCCAUUUACGACCUGACUGUCACCGUGUCCCACGUCCUGGAUGCCCGUACUGGUGGAAAUCUAGUGGCACAUAUCAAAGUUGGGGAGACUUACCACCAAAGGAAAGAGGGUGUAACUCACCAGCAGUGGUAUCUGUUCAAUGACUUUCUGAUCGAACCCAUUGACAAGGCAGAGGCAGCUCAGUUUGAUGUGAACUGGAAGGUUCCAGCCGUCCUGUAUUACGCCAGGAGGAAUUAUCACACCAGAUAUGACUUGCGCAUUAAGAAUCCCAUUGAGGCCAGCGUGCUGCUGACAGAAGCGUCGUUGGCACGGAAACAGAGGAAGAGCCAUGCGACUUUCAUCCCGCUGAUGGUCAGUGAGAUGCCCCAGGCUGGUGACCUGGUGGGACUGGACGCUGAGUUUGUCACACUCAACCAGGAAGAAGCAGAGCUGCGCAGUGACGGGACCAAGUCCACUAUAAAGCCCAGCCAGAUGUCUGUGGCCAGAAUCACCUGUGUGCGUGGACAGGGUCCAAACGAGGGUGUGCCCUUCAUCGAUGACUACAUCUCUACUCAGGAGCAGGUGGUUGACUACUUGACACAAUACUCAGGCAUUAAACCUGGAGACCUGGAUGCUAAGAUCUCCUCCAAGCACUUGACCACUCUAAAGUCUACAUAUCUGAAACUGCGAUUUCUCAUCGACACUGGAGUGCGUUUUGUUGGUCACGGAUUGCAGAAGGACUUCCGUGUCAUAAACUUGUUGGUUCUUAAGGACCAGGUCAUAGACACUGUCUACCUCUUCCACAUGCCUCGCAAAAGAAUGAUUUCCCUGCGUUUUCUCGCCUGGUAUUUUCUUGAUCUAAACAUUCAGAGCGAAACACAUGACAGCAUUGAAGAUGCUCGCACCGCGUUGCAACUUUACAGGAAAUACUUGGAGCUGAGCCGAGGGGGAGCGGACGAGUUCCGAAAAGUCCUGAAGGGACUGUAUGAGAAAGGUCGCAAGCUGGACUGGAAGGUCCCAGAGUCUGACACUGCAGAUGGUCAAGGUAGCCCAAAAAGCACAGCUGUGUUCCCAUCAGUCAUGGGGAUGUGAUCUGAGUUUGAGGACAGAAAUCCAAACUGUCGUCUGCCUACCAUUCUCCCUCUCAGCAUUAACUGAUGGAGCAAAGCUAUGCGACCAUGCAAUUACCCGUGUGGGAACGCCACAUCAUGACCACAUAGAGUCCUAUGACAGAAUACAAAAUGGUGGUUGUUUUCAAUAUUUCUAUUGUCUAAUUUUCCACCUAUUGUCUAAUUUUUCACCAUUGUAAGCAUGUGAGAGUGGUCAGGGACUACAGAAAAAGAGGUCAGAUUAAAAAGGGUAUUGGGGCUCAACUGAAGCCUGGACAGAGCACUGAGUCAAAAAGUAUGUAAAUGUGUUUAAUGGUCCAAGAGUAAAUGAAGUUUGUUUUGUAUGUUGUAACCAUGAUGUAAUAAAAGUAUUGUAUACA